AUUCACAACUAAGACAGAAAUGGUUUUGGAGUGGGUCUGCACAAUUUUGACGUUGCUCUUGUCAUGCGUUGCUCUUAUUACUGUGGUCGAUUAUGCACUAAACAAGAGGAUUGUAGUCCGACAAUGGAACAAAGACGGGACCGUUGCGCGAAUUGCGACGGCCAACACACAGGCCAGAACUUACAAGCGGCCCCUAUACUCACUACUAUUUAUUAGUGCCGUCCUCGCUGGCACCGCGAUCGUGUAUGCAGACAGCUACAGCCUUUGGGAAAUCGUUAUCUCCUCCUUGUCCUUCUUCGUCCUCCGUGAUGGGCCCCAGUAUCACCAUGGGAACGCACCAGCGACACUUGGGAAGGCAGUCAAACUGGAUAUGUUGUUUCUUUUCGGUGUCGCCUACCUUUAUUGGCUCCUCAUGCUCUUCUCAUCCCUUUGGACUGACGACGCUCCCUGGAGUCCUAUGGAGGAAGUCUUAUACUAUGGCAUCCAUAAGUUGUCUACUUUCACCCAGGUCGUCGCGACUUUCUGUACCGGUAACAUCAUUGCUCACGUUUAUCGUCACGAAGUUACACGAGCCAUCGCCGGCCUUUCUGAGCGUGGGGAUCACAUCGAAUUGGAAACUUCUAACAGCACCCCACCUAACAGCAACCCACCCUACGCCAACUCAGCCGAUUCCCACGAUGACACAGCGAAGACAUCUGCAUCCAGAUUGAACCCUGUUGGCGAGGUACCAUUGAACGUACCUAUCCAAUCCCUUUCCACAUCUCCUCAUUUCUCACCUCUCUCUACGCCAAUCGCCACCUUCGCGCUCUUCACGUACAUCUUCGCCUACGCUGUCGCCUUACUUCUUGCCGAGUCGCAAACGACGGUUGGUCAUGGAUACAUCAUGGCUCCUCCUUUGUCUCAAGGAAAUGCCGUUAUUAAGAGUUUCAUGGAGGUGCUUUUCCCUACGCCUCCGAGGAUCAUGGCAUGGGCACUCGUUUCUAUAGUCGUUCUUGUGGCGUGCAAGUGGCGCUGGGACAGAGGUGGGAAGGAGAUGUGGGAGGAUAAGGAGAUGUGGUUGAUGCUUCCGGUCCCAGAGAACGCUUCGACUGUAUAGGGUCACGUCCAGACUAGUCUUUAUGUCUACGACGGUCGGGAUGGGUUAGAGUUAACUUGCACGGAUAUCUAUCCUAAUUGGUCACGAGGAAGGAUAAGUAGGUGAAAAGUUCGUAGGGGUUCAACUUCUCGAUGUGUUAUUAGUAUUCUCG